AUUGGUCCGUGGCGGUGGGUGUGUUUCCGCAUUCCGAAAAGAGCUGACAGCAGAAGCUCAAGUUGGAGAGGGGACUGUCGCGACUCCUCAGUCAUUCCCAGGAGAAUAGCGGUCCAACGCCAGCGAUAAGGGAUGCCUUACAUGUUGAUCAGCACGCAGAUCCGACUGGAGAAUGGUCCAACAAAUGUAGGAGAUGAGUAUUCCGAUCCAGCUGUUAUGAAUUACCUGGGAGCAAGGAAAACAACCAUGCUGGGAAACAAUUUUUCCGAGUACCAUGUGGAUGACCCACCUCGCCUGGUGUUGGACAAGCUGGAGAAGAUCGGCUUCCGCGUGCUGACGAUGACUGGGGUGGGACAGACGCUUGUGUGGUGCCUCUAUAAGGACACGGAGUGAUUCAUCAAGCUGUGUUAGAUUUAUAGUAAUGACUGCAUUUCAAGGCCUUUAAGUGGGAGACUGAGUCAUUCUUAGAAGUUAGUAUAGUAAAGCUGUACAUUCAAUCCAUUAAUAACUACAAGGACGCCCAUUGUCACAAGAGGGUAAAGUUCAGUAUUGAGAUUAUCCCCAACACACAGUUUCAGAUUACAUCAUAUGAGUUAUAGGGGGAUAAAAACACACACAUUCCAAAGAAUUAAUCAUUAACAUUGCUUAUUUACUCUUCAGUCAAAGGGACCAAGUGUAAUGGCCAGUUUUUUCUAUGAAUGUAUGAUGUGUGAAGUUGUUUAAAGGCAAAAUUAUCUGUGCAAAAGAUCUCAACCAUCCUUCUAUUCUGUCCAGAUGAAUAAAACCACAUGCUAGAUAGGUUUACUUACAAUUCUGUGUAAAGAUGUUUUUAAGUGUAUCAUAUGCUUGUGAUUACAUGAUGUAAUGCUGUGGAUUGUUUGUGUACGUAUUAAAAGAAAACAAUUUGCAAUCAU